CUCGGUGUAAUAUGUAUUUCCACACACUUUCUCAUGUAGGCGAGUAGUCUGGAGCUGAAGGCGACGCAUUCCGCAUUCCUGCUCUGUAGAGCCGGCUCGUGGAUUGGCUGUUCCUGAAAUGCGGGCGGUUUUAGUGUCGCUCUGUCUCGCCAUUGGCUGAGCAGGUGCAGCACAGAGGGCAGUUUCGUAUGACUGCACCUGUGCUCGUUCUACUCGUUCAACCUGCUUUGCGAUUGGGUCACACCCCAACUCCAGCCACCAGAGUUUUACUUAUCAGCGGAAAUGCCAAGUUAAACAUCACGGCUACUUCCUUAUCCUCGCAGGUGAAACUUCACACCUAGAAACACAGGACUGUCUGGAGCGUUCCUGGUUGCUUCUUUGUUUCAUUCUUGCCUUUCACAUCAGGCAGGGCUGACUGAGUGCUUCGUCAUCUCUGUUUUGUCUUCCGCUCCUGGAUCCUGACUCAUGACACUUUAUCCAGAGUUUGAGACAGAGAGGAACUAAUGUGAGGGCUGAGAAUGGGAACAGACGAGGCCUACAACUUUGUCUUUAAAGUGGUUCUCAUAGGGGAAUCGGGCGUAGGCAAGAGCAACUUGCUUUCACGCUUUACUAAGAACGAGUUCAACCACGACAGCAGGACCACUAUUGGCGUGGAGUUCAGUACGAGGACUAUGGAUCUGAAUGGCCUCACUAUUAAAGCCCAGAUUUGGGACACAGCCGGAUUGGAGCGGUAUCGUGCCAUCACCUCAGCGUAUUAUCGUGGUGCUGUUGGGGCGCUGCUAGUUUACGACAUUUCAAAGCAACUGACUUACCAGAGUGUUGAACGCUGGCUGAAGGAACUUUACGAUCACGCCGAUCCCCAGAUCGUCGUCAUGCUGGUUGGUAACAAGUCAGACUUGGAAUCGAUACGAGCUGUGUCAACCGAGGAUGCGAAAAAUUUUGCAGAAAAGAACGGAUUGCUGUUCAUGGAAACAUCUGCUUUGGAAUCAACGAACGUUGAAGCCGCUUUCAACAACGUCCUCACAGAAAUCCACAAGAAAGUAAGUAGCAAAGAGGUGAAGCGUGGCUCGGCUGGCGGCGUGACGCUGUCCAAUCCCAACUCCGCACCCGCAGAAGCUCAGGAAGAGAAGAAGCCCUGCUGUAAGAACUUAUAAAGAUGAGGUAAUGAAGUUAGACGAGUUGAGAGGACCACAUCGUGUCAGGAAGGACACGGUGCCUGUCUGUCCAAUGAUAACUCCAAACGAACCACUGAUUGCUGCUUGGUGUGGCCAUAUGGAUUGCUUUUUGCGGUUUCACCACUGUGUUACUAUCACGAGAAAGUAUUCUUGUGCAUGUUUUUUAGGCUGAAAUUGCUUUCUUAGACGCUUUCCCUGUCUUCUCUCACAUGCACGCUAGUAUUGUGAAAGCGAUAUUAUUUAUGAAAUAAUGUCACCAUGUAGCAACUGUCUUUAAUCAUCCUUAAGGAUUAAUUUCAAUCUAGCUUUGGAAGUGAAAUGUGACAUACUGACAAUAUUGUUUUACACUAAAAGUUGUCAACAGUUAAAACUGCACACUACAUUUCAUGACAUUGACUUUUUACACAGUUAAAUCCUUAUAAUAAGGACACAAGUUUCCUUUUAAAACUGAUCUAUCAAUCAAUUAUAAUAGAUAUAGUGCAAUGUAAGUGAUGAUGAUUAAUGAAUUGGUUAUAUAUAUCUACUAAACACUGGAGUCCUCU